AUUCUGGUCACUUUCGUCACCGCAUGGGUCGAUAUUCGAAAUCUCAUCCAAUUUAUCAUCCCGACAUUGACUGACGUGGGUCUGAUUCUGUCAAAAUUUUAUCCCUUCACCUUGAUUUUAGGGUCUCUAUAUAUGAAUCCGCCUACAUUACUAUCAAUCAUCCACUCCUAUCGCAACAACAGCAUCUAAUCCACUCAAACUCUCGUCUCUUCAGGUGAUUAAUUUUUUUAUUAUAGGAAAAAUGGAAGUCAGAGGGGGUUAAGCUAAUUUAUAUGGCCUUGAUUGAUUUGUCACUGUAUCGGAUUAAAAGCAAGAGAGAAAAUUUAGAAGUUGGUGUGAUUCGGGGUGAAAGAAAGACAGAAAAGCAUUCUAGAAACACAAAAAUUGGCAUGGAAUUUGAAUCAGAUUGGACAAGACACAAAAAAUCAUCCGCUUUUACAACUCAAGUCAUCAGUACUGCAACCUCAUGCAUGCAUUGGCCUCGUAAAAUUCCUAUAAGUAAAGGGUACCAUGAAUUUUUGUAAAAUGAACUCAAAUUUCUUUCCUAUUCUUUUCUUCUUCUAAUCAAGAAGAAUCAAUUAGUCAAGUGUGAAGAAUUUACCUUUUUCCCCUUAAAAGAUUGGUGUGAUGGAAUUGGUGAGGAAGACCGGUUCCGAGGUUGUUGAUGAUGAUGAUGAUGAUAUUACCUGCCCGAUGUUGCCCGGGCUGCCCGAUGAUAUUGCAAAGUACUGUCUUGCCCUUGUUCCGAGGUCAUAUUUUCCAAGAAUGGGAGGAGUGUCAAGGAGAUGGAGGUCUUUUAUGAAAAGUAAGGAGUUUAUUGUUGUAAGGAAACUUGCUGGUUUGGUUGAGGAGUGGCUUUAUGUUUUGACUAUGGAUAGUGAAGGAGAGGGGACACAUUGGGAGGUGUUGGAUUGUUUAGGAAACAAACGAUUUGUCUUGUCUCCCAUGCCUGGCCCUGUGAAAGCUGGUUUUGGUGUUGUGGCUCUUAAUGGGAAACUUGUUGUCAUGGCUGGCUAUUCCAUCAUUGAUGGUGUUGGAUCUGUCUCCUCUGAUGUUUAUCAGUAUGAUUCUUGCCUUAACAGCUGGAGUAAGAUUGCAAACAUGAAUGUGCCCCGAUAUGAUUUUGCUUGUGCUGAAGUGAAUGGUGUGAUUUAUGCGGUUGGGGGUUAUGGGAUGGAUGGAGAGUCUCUCUCAUGUGCCGAGGCUUAUAACCCUGAAACCAACAAAUGGACGCCAAUCGAGUCGAUUCGCCGCCCACGCUGGGGUUGCUUUGCGUGUGCUUUCGAGGGUAAGCUUUACGUUAUGGGUGGUCGGUCAAGUUUCACAAUCGGAAAUUCAAGGUUUGUGGACGUGUACGACCCGGUAAACCACAAAUGGUGGGAGAUAAAAAACGGGUGUGUGAUGGUGACGGCUCAUGCGGUGGUUGGGAAGAAGCUGUUUUGUAUGGAAUGGAAGAACCAAAGAAAACUGGCGAUAUUUAACCCGGAGGAUAACUCGUGGAAGAUGGCGUCUGUGCCUGUGAUUGGAAGCUCAAGUGUGGGAUUCCGGUUUGGAAUAAUGGAAGAAAAGUUGUUGCUUUUCUCAUUGGAAGAAGAGGAGGGAGGUUAUAACACUUUGCUGUAUGAUCCAAAAGCACCUCCUGGUUCAGAAUGGCAGACCUCAAAUAUUAAGCCCUCUGGUUUGUGCUUGUGUUGUGUCACAAUUAAGGCAUAACAACAUUCAUCGUACUUGAAUUUAUUUACAAUCUUUUCAUCGGUUUUAUGAAAUUAGUUAUUUGCAAGAAUACAUUAUUUUGAACGUGUGAAGGAGAAACUGUUGUAUAACUAUUUAUAUAUUUUUAUUGGGAACUGUUUCUAUAUGUUGCAAA